AUGCGUGGUUGGGUUUCGGCAGCCGAGCUGGGUCGUCGACCCCACCUGCUGGAGGGCUCACAAGCCGGGCUGAUGGCUGGUGACCAAGGACACAAACCAGGGGAGGAUACCACGGAGGCAGCCCCAAAACAGGCGACGGAGGCAGCUGAGCCCACUAACGUCACCAGCGGGUUGACGGCCGCACACGCGCAAAAUGGGCGAGAUUCGGGCCUGCCGCAGGUGAACGGUAUUACCGAUGACGUCCAGGUAGAUCACCCAUAUCCUGGCAGUGUUGGGAGCGUUGACGCCGUCCUUCAUUCGGGAACCAUCGGCAGCGGCGCGCCUGUUGGUGUGGCAGACCCGCUCCCCGGCCCAGCAGCCCUGUCUGCGCAAGAAAAUUGCGCGAAACCGCUCUUGCCGAACUCCAAACUGGCUCUGGGCCCUGCAGCAGCGCGAGCCACUGACGCAACGCGAAAGGCUGCAAGCAGCUAUCCCGCCACUCAAGUGCAGCCUCAAUCUGCGGCCCCAUCCGCGCCUAUCGGCGCCUCCGCCAAACCAGGUCCAGCGGCGACGACAGCGACAGCAGCGCAGUCAGCCCCGGGACUCUCUGUGCCGCUCGCCCGCGCCCGCGGCGCCAGCAAGAAACCGCCUGCCGCUGCUCAUCGCAGCCGUAGCCGCAGCCACAGCGCACUCGGUACGGAUGGCGGAGAUAAUGCCGACAGCUCCGGCAGCGACUACACGCUGGACGCCGGGUACCAAGACGAUAGCAGUGAUCAGGAUUACUUGGAAGAUGAUGACGACGAGGACUACGAGGACGCUGGCAGCCGCCGUCGCCGGGGGCAAGCAGCAACCACAGGGGCUGUGAAGCGGUCCGCCGCCACUGCCGCUGCCGCAGGCACAGCAGGGACCUCUCGCCGCGGUGGUGGCGGCGCCGCAGCCGCCACCGCAACGACAGCAUCCCCAGCGGCCCCAGAACGCAAGAAGCCAAAGUGGGCCCAGCCGCUGGUACGACCGGAGAAUGACAGGGUACGGAGCCUUCGAUCAAGCCAGCCGCCGCCGGCGCCUAAGCCGUCGCCGCCGCCACCAGCGGCCGGCGGCAGCAAAUCGAAAUCAAAGUCAAAGUUGAGCCGUCGCAGCGGUGACGACGGGUCGAAACCCAGGUCAAAGUCGUCAGGUCGCGGCGAGGGGCAAACGACGCCGCCGAGGGCCGACGGUGGUGACGGCGGCGGCGGGGAAGAGGGCGAGGAGGAAGCUCGGGGCCGCAGCCGCUCUCGGGGGCCGUCCAGUACACGGGAGGACGGCGCGGGAUCUGGAUCCGAAAGCGGAUCUGGAUCUGACGUAGAUUCUGAUUCCGACUCGGAGUCCGGAUCUGGAUCUGACUCUGACGUCGACGAUCCUUCGAGCUUUGUCCGCGACGUGGCAGAGGACGCGGCGCGGAGCGCGACGGCGGAGGUGUCGGCGAUGUGGGAGUUUGCGGCGGUUCUGGAGUUUCUCUCCAUCUUCCGGGGCGUGCUUUGUGGCCAGGGGCCCGAUGCAGUUACUGGCGGUGAGGCCGCAUCCGUCGCCGCAGCUGCCGUACUGUCUUCCGUACUGGUAGAUGGGGCAUGGUCGGCUGAUCUGCUAGUCGACGAGCUGGUUCACUCUGUGGGCGCCCCGGGCAGCUUGCUGAGCCGCUUACACCUGGGGCUGCUGCAGCAGCAGCAACCACCGCAACAAGAACGACCAAAAAAACAGACAACCGACCUGCAACCGCAACAGCAGCAGCAGGCUGCGUCGUCUCCGGAGCAGCCGGAGGCGGGUAAUGCCAGAGCCGGAGACGGCAGGAAGGGACCUGGCGGGAAUCUCAGACCGAAGCGCGCGGCGGCAGCCGCUGGUAGCAACGGUGGUGGUGGCGGCGGCGGUGGCGCGGGGGCAGCGGCGAAGGGCGGCGGCUCCGCGUCGGGUUCGGGGGCCCUGGCGGCGGCGGCGGCGGCGGCGGCUGCUACAGGAUGUGGCGAUGCCCGCGGUCCGCACUGCGGCGGUGAUCCGCUGUUGCCAUUCUGGGCCGAGAAGGGUCAUGAGUGGCGUUGCUACGCGGCGUUGCACCCGCGGAACAGGGUCUUGGCGCUGAAGUUGCUGUGUGACUUGCGCUUAGAGCAGGAGGACUUGAAAGGCGUCAUUGAUGGGCUGCUGCUGCCCCCCAGGCCGGGGGCAGCAGCAGCAGCAGCAGCCAAGAGCGGCCGCGGCGGUGGGGUCCGGGACGUCCGCCGAGGGCCAGUGGGAGCCGGGGGGGGUCGCCGACGAGGCGCCGACGGGUCGCUGCCGCCCGCAGCUCUGGUUGCUGAGGACAUCCGCAAGCGACCCAUGGGUCAUGACAGCGGCGGCGCGGCGUUCUGGGUUGUGGGGCGGCUGCCGGACCUGCAGAUGCGGCUGUACCGGGAGCAGCUGCCCAUAUGGCCCAAGUAUGAGCACGGGUACGAGCACGAGUACGGCUGGUGGGCCGUUGUCGGUUUCCACACUCAUUCACCCACUCACCUGCCCAGCAAGGGGGCCCGGGGGGGUGGGGGCAAGGGGGGCGCGGCCAAGGGGGCGGACGGGGGCGCAUGCUCCGGCAAAAAGAAGAAAGGUGCCAAGAAGGCGACGCCGCCGUACCUUCUGUACGAGCUACCGCCGGAAGCGAUUGCAGGGCGGUGGGAGUUACUCGGUGUGGGGCCUGAGGGGCUUGGGGGAGCGGCGGAGGAGAUGCGGCGCCGCAGCAAGAAGCAGCAGGACCGCGACCUAGCGGAAAAGAUCUCAACGGAGCUGGUUUCGGUGCUGGUGGACGAGAUAGAGCGAAGGGAAAGGAAACAGAAGUUAGCUGCGAAGUUGCGUUUCGCCCUGGGCUCCGAGUACUACGAAACCAGAUCACGCCGCACGCGCAAGGAAGUGGACUACAGUACGGCCGCGUACGACAAGAUGCUCCAUGAGGCGCUGCGCGGCGACCGCCUGCCUGCCGUACCUAGCGCGGGCAGCAAGCGGCCACGCCGCGGUGGGUCACCGUCGUCGGGCUCUGAGCUGGCGGUUGAGGGCGUUGGGUCGGAGGAUCAGGCGGAAGGGGAGGAAGAGGAGGAAGAGGGGGCCGUGGCGGCGGCCGCGGAAAAGGAGGAGCAGGAGGGGGAGGACGUCAGAGGCAGCAGCGUGCUGGAACGGUCCCAGCGGCGACCUGCGAAGCGGCAGCGGCGUAACUCCCCCUCCCCUGAGAUGGGGGUCGAGCGUGCGGGGAAGGGUCCCAGCUCUGAGGCUAUGGAGCAAGGGGGGGAGGAGGGGGGAGACGGCGGUGCGGAUGAGGAUCAACGGGGGGGAAAUGGUGACGACGAGGACGGCGAGGAGGAGGAGGAGGAGGUCCGUACGCGCAGCUGGCAGUCCGCUUGCGACUUUCCACAUACUGUCAAGGUCAUGAGUGAGGAAGCUCGUACCAACAAGAGGCGGCGAAGCGAGUCGGAGGAACCAGAGGACGAGGCUGGCGAUGGUGCUGGUGCGGAUGUCGUUGGCGCUGGCGCACCACCUUCAGAAGGCCUGGAUGCUGGCCGUGCCUCAGAAAACGCGCAAGGGUGA